GAGUCGCGUCCCCGCCCGCCGCGCAGCCAGUCCGACCCUCGGUCCCGCUGCGUGAGGAGUCAGCCGCGCGGAGCUCUGCGCGGAACCCCGAGCCCCGGCCGAGCCCCUCUGCAGGUGCCUGUGAGGAGGCGCCCGGGCCGCAGCCGCGUCUCCAACCCGCCGGCCGCGCACUCGCUCCCUGCGCUCCCGAGGGGCGGCCCGGCCGGAGGAGGCCGCUGCGGGGCCCGGCCUCAGCAUGAACCGCAGCCACCGGCACGGGGCGGGCAGCGGCUGCCUGGGCACCAUGGAGGUGAAGAGCAAGUUUGGAGCUGAAUUUCGUCGGUUUUCCCUGGAAAGAUCAAAACCUGGAAAAUUUGAGGAGUUCUAUGGAUUACUGCAACAUGUUCAUAAGAUACCCAAUGUUGACGUUUUAGUAGGCUAUGCAGACAUCCAUGGAGACUUACUCCCUAUAAAUAAUGAUGAUAAUUACCACAAAGCUGUUUCAACGGCCAAUCCACUGCUUAGGAUUUUUAUACAAAAAAAGGAAGAAGCAGACUACAGUGCCUUUGGUACAGACACACUAAUAAAGAAGAAGAAUGUUUUAACCAAUGUAUUGCGUCCUGACAACCAUAGAAAAAAGCCACAUAUAGUCAUUAGUAUGCCCCAAGACUUCAGACCUGUGUCUUCUAUUAUAGACGUGGAUAUUCUCCCAGAAACACAUCGUAGGGUUCGUCUUUACAAAUACGGCACUGAGAAACCCUUAGGGUUCUACAUCCGGGAUGGCUCCAGUGUCAGGGUCACACCACAUGGCUUAGAGAAGGUCCCAGGGAUCUUUAUAUCCAGACUUGUCCCAGGAGGCCUGGCUCAAAGCACAGGACUAUUAGCUGUUAAUGAUGAAGUUUUAGAAGUUAAUGGCAUAGAAGUUUCAGGGAAGAGUCUUGAUCAAGUAACAGACAUGAUGAUCGCCAACAGCCGCAACCUCAUUAUAACAGUGAGACCAGCAAACCAGAGGAAUAAUGUUGUUCGGAACAGUCGGACUUCUGGCAGCUCUGGCCAGUCCACAGAUAACAGCCUCCUGGGCUAUCCCCAGCAGGUAGAACCGAGCUUUGAGCCAGAGGACGAAGACAGUGAUGAAGAUGACAUUAUUAUUGAAGAUAACGGAGUGCCGCAGCAGAUUCCUAAAGCUGUUCCUAAUACCGAGAGCCUUGAAUCAUUAACACAAAUAGAACUCAGUUUUGAGUCUGGACAGAACGGUUUUAUUCCUUCUAAUGAAGUGAGCUUAGCACCUGUAGCAAGUGGCACAAAUACAGAAACACAUGCUCCGGAUCAAAAACUCUUAGAAGAAGAUGGAACGAUCAUAACACUAUGAAACCUUUGUCUGAAUGUCUUUGGAGUGAGGAUGCCAUUGGGACUUGUAAAUUUGACUAGUUUAUUAAAGCAUAUAUACCUCUGAACCAGUGACCUGGAGUAGGCAUGAGAAAAAUAAUAUUGCAAGCUUAAAAUGUUAUUAAAAUAGUAGUUUGAUAAUUGUUAAUAUAAACUUCGGUUUGUCAGAGGUGAGUUUAAGUCUAAAAGGGGCCUUUGCUAAUGAAAUUAUGGCGCUUGCUAUUUUGUCUCUAGAGAACUGGAUGUUAGCGCACAUUCUCAGAGCUAUGAGAGGACCAGAUCAUUUCUGUUCGAAGUGGUUGCAUAUUUAACCUGCUGUGCAGAGCCCAGUUAGCUUUUCCUUUAACUAUAUUUUUUUAAAUUCUAAUGUGAAGAAGUCUGAUCUGUCCUUUGGUAACCUUGGGGACCUCAGCUCCUAUGUUCCCUAUAUUUUAUUUUGAUUUUUUAAUGUUCCUCUGUUGCUAAUUGUUACAGGUAAUUUUUUCAGAUGCUUUUUUCCCCCUCUAAUAGCUAAGAAAUCAAUUGCCUGUUUUGGGGAGUUGC